UAAUAAACAUAAUAGGUCCCCUUUAAGGAAUGAAAGGAAAAUAGAUAAGCACAUAGGACGUAUGUGUGUUUCUCAGCUGUAAUCACUGGCAAACCUUACCCCACACUCCAUUUAUUGCCAAAACCAACAGAAGGAUCAUUGUGCAAAGCAGUAACACCCUGCAAACAAAACUAACCAACCAACCUUUUAAGUUGCUUGCCGGCCACAUUGUCGCUUAGCCUUCAUACGGAACGAUGGAAACUUGGACUCAUCGUACUUCAUGAAAGACUGUCCACCUGCAGGUUGCAAUGGGUACAUUAUCAAUGGGAUGGACAGUGCAUGCAUGUAAUCAUGAGGGAAAUGGAGCAGACCUGCUGAAUGGGAGCAACACAAACCCACAUGAACAUGAUCUGUUCCAUGAGGAUGCAAAGGGCUUUCAGCAGUCCAGUCAGCCAUGGUGGAGGAUCAAACUUUUUGUGUGGGAGCCGGUUCUCUUUGGCACCUGGGAUGGUGUCUUUACCACAUGCAUGAUUAACAUCUUUGGCGUUGUUUUGUUUCUACGCACAGGCUACUUGGUGGGGAACACAGGUGUACUGCUCGGGAUGCUCCUGGUCUCCAUGGUGGUUGUUUUCGCUUUGGUCACUGUAAUGUCCGGGAUUGGAGUGUGUGAGCGCUGUGGGGUGGGAAGUGGAGGUGUGUACUCCAUGAUCUCCAUGGUCUUAGGAGGCAGAGUAGGCGGUACCAUGGGUCUCCUCUAUGUAUUUGGACAGUGUGUGGCCAGCGCCAUGUAUAUUACCGGCUUCUCUGAGUCAGUGGCAGAGCUGCUCAGUCUUCAGAGCCAGUGGGCGGUGCGAGCCAUGUCGGCUGCCGUCUUGCUAGGUCUGUUGGGAAUCAACCUGGCAGGUGUCAAGUGGAUUGUGCGGCUGCAGCUGCUGUUGCUGGCGGUGCUGGCCAUCUCCACUCUGGAUUUUGUCAUUGGCACAUUUACACACCUCGAUCCCGAGCAUGGCUUUAUUGGUUAUUCUGUUGGUCUGCUCAGCCACAACAUGCUGCCAGAUUACAGCCCUGAUGAAAACUUCUUCACAGUAUUUGGGGUCUUCUUCCCUGCUGCGACAGGGGUUAUGUCAGGCUUCAAUAUGAGCUCAGACCUGCAGCGGCCUGAGCACAACAUCCCCGUGGGAACGCUGGCAGCUGUUUUCACCUCGUGGUUCCUGUAUCUGGUCUUUGUCUUCCUCCUCGGGGCCAUCUGCACCAGAGAAGCUCUGCGCUAUGACUUCUUAAUCGCAGAAAAGGUCUCCUUGGUGGGUUUCCUGUUUCUGCUGGGCCUCUACAUCUCCUCCCUGGCUUCCUGCAUGGGCGGCUUGUAUGGUGCACCCCGGAUCCUGCAGUGCAUUGCCCAAGAGAAGGUCAUCCCUGCAUUGGGCUUUCUGGGAAGAGGGCACGGCCCAAACAAGACCCCGGUGGCAGCUAUCUUUCUAACCAGCCUCCUGAGCAUGGCAUUCAUUUUCAUCGGCCAGGUCAACAUUCUGGCACCCAUCGUCACCAUCAACUUCCUGCUCACCUACAGUUUCAUUGACUAUUCCUUCUUCUCCGUGACAAUGAGCAACCGGCUGCAGAAGGAAGACAAAAGCAACCUGAUAAGACGCUGCCGACAGAGCUCCAGAAGACAGAGUUCCAGGCCUCUGAUUGAAACUACCGCUUCCGACUACGGCAGCGGAGGAGAAAGUCCACAGAGGAAAGGUACCUUAAUGGAGUUCACUAAGGACAUGGAUCAGAUAUUUGUCUCCAGUGGAGACACUGGACCUGCAAAGACAUUGCCUCUGCAAGGACAGAACAGCAAAGGCAGAGAGGUUACGGCCAAGCAGAAGUUGUUGGACAGCUUUGCCUUGGAACUCAACAGCAAUCUGUUUGGAGAUGAGCAAGCAAAUUCUCAGGAAGCAGCUGAGGGGGGCCGAAAUGAUGCCACUCACGAUCAGUCUUCUGGGCGUCACAACACAGCCCUGGGAAGUAAAGCAGAGCAGAAUAAUUCGAGAAUCCAACCCCAACCUGAGUCAUUCUAUGCAAAGUUUAGCAACCACUGGGUUGCUCUUACAGGUGCGCUGAGCUCCUUACUGAUAAUGUUUAUUAUUCAGUGGGUUUAUGCACUUGCAAACCUAGUUGUUGCCCUGCUGCUCUUCUUGUACAUCGGCAAAACAAGUCCUGGAUUGCACCGAGGUGUUGCAGCGCGAUUCACUUUUCUGGCAUGGCUCAAAUCUACAUUCAACGACAUCUGCAGGAGAAGGGCGUUUCCCAGAGAUGAGGUGAUAGUGACACCAUCUCUGUCGGGGGUCGGUCUUAAAACCAAGCAGCUGACGGAGGAUAAUGCUGACUUUGCAUCUCGUCGCCGCUGCCACCAGGCUUCCUUCAUCAGGACAGAGGAGUUGGUGCAACCAUCACGAGUGACUUAAUCACCACUGUCCAUGAUGAUUGGCUUAGUGGACGAAUAUUACUUUUUUUUUUCAUUGCACAAAGUGAACUCAAAAUUAGACAAGCACAUUAUACGAUAUAUUCACUAUUAAGGGUGUGUCCUUUAUGCCGGUGUGUUUGAAAUAUAAGGAUUUGGUUCCAUUGUAUGUGUACAAUUCAUUGCUCAUUUGUUUCAGAUAUCAAUUCCUGGAUACCAUGAAAAUAUGGUGCAUUCUCUAUUUUUUAAGACAUUAAUUCCAUUACAUGUAGAGGUAGGUACUAUUAUGAUUUUCAGUUCUACUUCUGUCACAACCCAUGUUGAUAUUGUACUAUGUAUUUUUUGCAGGCGUUUGUCUGUGUUCCAAAUUACUUGUAAAGUUGUGAAUAGA